ACAUGUUUGUGCUCCGACUGCAAACAAGCGAACUCCACGUGUGAAACGGACGGCGCGUGCAUGGUCUCGGUCUUCAACCUGGAUGGUGUUAAACAUCACGUUCGGACCUGCAUUCCUGAAGCAAAAUUGAGUCCUGCUGGGAAACCCUUCUAUUGUCUGAGUUCAGAAGAUCUGCGUAAUACUCACUGCUGCUACUCUGAUUUUUGCAACAAAAUUGAUUUAAUGGUUCCCAGUGGACACCUGAAAGAUAACGAACCCCCGUCGAGCUGGGGUCCUGUGGAGCUAGUGGCAGUGAUUGCCGGACCUGUCUUCCUUGUGUUUGUUGUCAUGAUCAUAGUCGUCUUUGUUUUUCAUCACCACCAACGAGUCUAUCACAAUCGUCAGCGGCUGGACGUGGAAGACCCCUCUUGUGAAAUGUGCCUGUCGAAGGAUAAGACCUUGCAAGAUCUAGUCUACGAUCUCUCCACCUCUGGCUCUGGCUCAGGUUUGCCGCUUUUUGUCCAACGGACUGUGGCUCGGACAAUUGUCCUUCAGGAGAUCAUUGGUAAAGGCCGCUUCGGGGAAGUGUGGCGUGGCAGGUGGCGUGGAGGUGACGUAGCUGUAAAAAUCUUCUCUUCACGUGAGGAGCGUUCCUGGUUUAGGGAAGCGGAAAUCUAUCAAACCGUUAUGUUGCGACAUGAGAACAUCCUGGGAUUUAUCGCUGCAGAUAACAAAGAUAAUGGAACAUGGACUCAGCUGUGGCUUGUCUCUGAUUACCAUGAGCACGGAUCUCUCUUUGACUACCUUAAUCGAUACACAGUGACUAUCGAGGGGAUGAUCAAGCUCGCCCUGUCUGCUGCUAGCGGGCUGGCCCAUCUGCACAUGGAGAUUGUGGGUACUCAGGGAAAGCCCGGGAUUGCUCACAGAGACUUGAAAUCCAAGAACAUCUUGGUGAAGAAGAACGGCACAUGUGCCAUCGCUGACCUUGGUCUGGCUGUCCGGCAUGAUUCGGUUACGGAUACGAUUGAUAUUGCGCCGAAUCAAAGGGUCGGAACCAAACGAUACAUGGCCCCUGAAGUCUUGGAUGAAACCAUUAACAUGAAGCAUUUUGAUUCAUUUAAAUGUGCCGAUAUCUAUGCCUUGGGCUUGGUCUACUGGGAGAUUGCUCGAAGGUGCAACGCAGGAGGUAUCCACGAAGAGUAUCAGCUUCCAUACUAUGACCUUGUACCCUCUGAUCCUUCUAUUGAAGAGAUGCGGAAGGUCGUAUGUGAUCAGAAAUUACGGCCUAAUAUCCCGAACUGGUGGCAAAGCUACGAGGCACUACGGGUGAUGGGUAAGAUGAUGCGAGAGUGCUGGUACGCCAACGGAGCGGCUCGACUCACCGCCCUCCGCAUUAAGAAAACCCUCUCACAGCUCAGUGUCCAGGAAGAUGUGAAAAUCUAGGCUCUGAGCCCCAGCAGGAGGAAACUGCACAAAAGCUGCCAUGCUAGAGUAGACGUGUGAUGGAGGCCUACCUCGUGUUUCUGCCCAAUCUACUGCUACCAACCAGGCAGCGUGACCUACAGGCUGCUAGGUGGGGUGACGGAGCCUAUUGAAUUGCUCUCUUCCCUGCUUGGGUAUGAAACAAUCAGAAACCUUUUAUGAUCACCUCCUGACAGCGUGAAGACUUGAGAGGGACUUAACCUGAGGGAUCUCAGCCAUGAUCGUAACUCUUGUUUCUUUAAUGGAAAUCCCUGUAAAGUUCAGUGCGCGCAGUGCACCCGUUGGCAGUGUUUGAGGCCAGGGUGCUAGGUGCUGGGAGUGGGAAGGGAAAGGGAAGGUUUUCUUGCCACGCUCUGAGGAUUUUUCCAGGGACUGGCACGUUAAUGCAGAAAAAGCAUUUGCAAAACAAAUGGUGCUCCCUUCUGAGAGGCUGAGCCUGAACAGUUUAUCAGCUUCAUGAAACCAUUUCCCUCCUUUUUCUUAAGCUUGAAAAAUUCUAAGUCGAAAACAGAACUCUGACUGGCUGUCAGUGUGCGCAAUGGUGUAUGCAUGCGCGAGGUGCGCGUGUCCCCUGUGCCUGUUCAUCUCCUUCCGUAGACGUGCAGUGUCUGCCCGUAGGGUGGCUCAUCUCUGUUCGUGCUUUCUGUGCAUGUGCAAAUCUAGAGUGUCCUUUUUUUGAGCUGUGCGCGCUGGUGCUCUCCUUGUUGAGUAGUGAGCAUUGUCUAGCUUGGACAGGCUGCUUAAAACCAGAUCCUUAGCUCUCCGAUGGGUGCUGUGGCCUUGCUGUCCGUACGCCGGCUGCAGGAACUUCCCAUCAGGUUGCCUCACUGCCACCCCUUCCCUUUUUUAAGACAAAACAAAUGAGGAACUGACUUCAGUCCUGGAAUCCAGGCUUUUUGUCUUGAGCCCCUGGGGUUUGUAAUUCUUGGUAGGGUGGAAGGAGAGACCUGGGGCGGGAGGAGAUGCCACGGAGCUGAGAUGCGUGUCAGAGAGAGAGCGGGCACUGCGCCUGGCUGGAAGGAGACCAGGCCACAGGGAAAUGCAGGAGACCAUUCUCGUAGGAACGCGAUUCCCGAGUCCACCGUCCAGGCACCCUCGCAGGCGCGCUCGGCAGCGUGGGGCAGACUUCUCAGGGCCUGAGCCGCAGGGGGCCGGGGGCCGAGAGGCAC